UUUAAUUAAUGUUUGACAUUGUUUUUGUAUGUAAUGGUUGUUAAUUUUCAACAAAUAAAUCGAUUCCGUGAUUAUUAAGUGCUUUCACACUAUUAUUAAAUUGAAUUAAAUUUGAAUUGAAUUUGUGAUAAUUUGCAGUCAAUGGCAAUACAAACACAAAAUCAGUGCAAAGUUGUUGGGAUCCUCUCCAGUGGAGGCGAUUCCCAGGGUAUGAAUGCUAUUAUCAGAGCAGUUGUAAAGAUGGGACACUUGAAUGGCUUCAAAGUGUACUUUAUUUAUGAAGGAUAUAAUGGACUUAUUGACAGCAGUCUUAUCAUAGAAGCUGAGACAUCAUCAGUAGAUCACAUCAUAAAUAAGGGCGGCACUAUUAUUGGUAGUUCCCGUUGUAAAGAAUUCAGGACUUAUGAGGGCAGAGUUAUGGCGGCCCUCACUCUUAUUGAGAAAAGUAUUAUGAAUUUGAUUGUCAUCGGUGGUGAUGGAAGUCUUACUGGAGCUAAUAUUCUGAGAGAGGAAUGGCCUAAAAUUUUGAAGCAUUUACUACAGAAUAAUAAGAUAACACAAGAGAUGAAAGAAAAUAAUAGUGAUUUGAAUAUUAUUGGUAUCGUUGGUUCAAUUGAUAAUGAUUUUUGUAUGACUGAUAUAACAACGGGAGCCGAUACUGCACUUUAUCGUAUCGUUGAAGCAGUCGAUGCCAUUGCCACCACUGCGACCAGUCAUAAGAGAGUUAUGAUAAUUGAAGUUAUGGGCAGAAACUGUGGAUAUUUAGCACUUGUGUCUGCUCUGGCACUUGAGGCUACAUUUACUUUCUUUCCCGAAAAACCUCCAAACAUAGAAUGGCCCGAAUAUUUGACUAAAAAGAUUGAUUUUGAGAGAAAAACAGGACGAAGACUCAAUCUGAUAAUAGUAUCGGAGGGAGCACUUGAUGUCAAUGGAAAUCCUAUUACUGCAGAACAGGUCAAGAAAGUCAUCUCUGAAAAAGCCAAACGAGACGUUAGAAUAACUAUUUUAGGUCACACACAACGUGGCGGUGAAACUUCAGCCUAUGACCGCAUUUUGGGCACUCGUAUGGGUUAUGCAGCCAUUGAGGCUCUUAAAGAUGCAAAACCUAAUUUAGAGUCUUAUGUUUUAACAAUUCGUGGCAAUCAAAUACAGAAGACAUCACUCAUUAAAGCAGUUGAACAGACGCGUGAAGUGGGAACAGCUAUGAAAAACAAAGAUUGGCCCAAAUGUCUUGAGUUGAGGGGAAGAAGUUUUCAAAUAAAUAUUGAAACUUUUCUAAGCCUUUACGGAAUAAACAAAGAAAAAAAUGUCACACAAUUGGGAACCAAAUGUUUUGCAGUGAUUCAAGUGGGAGAACCGUCUCCCGGAAUGAAUGCGGCCGUCCUUUCAUUUGUCAGACAUAUUAUCAAUGAUAAAAAUAUUGUCUUCGGAAUCAAAGAUGGUUUUGAUGGUCUGAUUGCAGGUGAUUAUCGACAACUCAAUUGGUCGGAUGUAAAUGGUUGGACAUCACUAAGCGGAGCACUGUUAGGCACGAGUAAAGUUCCUCCAAGAAUGACAGGCGAACAAUUGAAUUUUGUGGCAAAUUAUUUCAAUCAAUUUCAAAUUAAAGGUCUUCUAAUUAUUGGUGGUUUCAGAGCUUUUCAAUUAGCCAUUAAUUUAGGAGAAAUUAGUAAAAAUGGCAAUAAUUUAAAAAUUCCCAUUUGUAUCAUUCCGGCCACUAUUGAUAAUAAUAUUCCGGGAACUGCCUUUUCAUUGGGAACCGAUUCAUCUCUCAAUGAAAUAACUCAUAUCUGCACUAAGAUUAUGAUUUCACUCAAAGGAACAAAAAGGAGACUAUAUAUUGUAAAAAUAGAGUCCGGCUUUUGUGGAUAUUUAACUGUUAUGUCAGCCAUGGCUUCGGGAGCAGACUUUUGUUAUCCAUAUGAAAGCAAUUUCAGUACUGAAUCUGUCAAAAAUGAUGCCAAUAUUAUGACCGAUAAAAUGAAAAAAAAUCACAAAAAUAGACUAAUCAUUGUCAACAGUAGAGCCAAUACAAAGCUCGACAAUCAAACAAUUGAAGACAUUUAUACAGAAGUUGGAAAUGAUAUCUUUACCACACAUUGUAUUGAUUUGAAUCAUUUGCAGCAAAGUCUGACUCCUUCACCAUUUGAUCGUAUAUUUGGUAUAAAACUCGGUUAUAAAUGUGCCGAAUGGUUGUCCAAUAAUGUCGAGUCAGACAAAUCGGUUGUCAUCGGAAUUGUUAAAACCAAAUAUUUAUUCACUGAUAUAUCGGAAUUAAUACAACAAACAGAUUUCGAAUAUGAAAUACCUAAAAACCAAUGGUUUAUGCAUUUUACAGAUAUCUUAAACAAGUCAUAA